AACAACGGAGCUAAGAGAUCUGGAGAGGGAGAGAGACGGAGGGGGAAUCGAUUUAUCGCAGAGUAAUGCGGCACAAUACCGGGGAGAGCUGCCUUCCUUUACGUAUGAGAACCCAUUAAAGUGAGAGAGUCCCAUAGUGAAGACAACUAGGUGAGGCAGGAGACUCAGAAGUUUGUGUUAAUAGCUGUUCUCCUAGGGGAACACGCAGGUCUGACAGCCAUGUGUGCAAGUGAAGAGCCACGGCAGACGGAAGGUUCCGGAAGCCAAGAUACAGGAGUCAAGGAUUUAAAGUUACCGCGGGCUUAACUGGCCCUGGUCCCUCGCGGUUCCUGAGGCUCAGCUUUGCUGGUCAUCCUGCUGUCACUACGCCGCGCUGCCGCUGCUGCUGCCAGAUGUUACCACACCCAGGACAUUCAGGGGGCUGUGGCCCCUAUCGCACAUGAGGACCGUCUGACCGUCAGGCGUCCCCGGCGCCCAGCCAGUGUGGGGAGCCUCACUGGAGGUGGCAGGCGGGGGCUGGUGCCCGUCCCGCGGGGAGCUGAAACUGGACACCGCUGCACCCCAGUCUCCCAGGCUUCUCGGGUUUGGCCAGCGAUGCAGAUGCCAUUCAAGUCGAAGUCACUGCCCAUUUUGGGGGCCACUAACUCUCUCCCCCCUCACAGCUAUAAGCCUUUAGCUUUCAAUGGACAAAGGGGAAAUAUAAGCAGCUGUUUCUACUGACUACAGCAGUCGUCACAAAACUUAAAACUAGGACGCAGCCGGCUCGCUCGGAGUGACGCAUGGAGCUGGUGGGAUCCACGCUGACGGCGACUUACGCCCGGCCUAAAACCAGCCACUUCCUCCCAGCCAUCUCCACCAUGUCGGCCAGCUACAGAGGGCACCAGCCCAGCGUGGGCCUGACCCAGAGUGCCAGGGACCAGCCCUGGAGGACAAACAUGUACUUCAGGAGCUCUGGCACUGUCCCAACCUUGGCCUCCCUCCAGACGCCCCCCCAGGACCUGGUUCGGGCUAAGACCACGCUGUACCCAUCCAGCAGGGCGGCCCUCUCCGCCCGCUACACGCCCGAAGACUGGCACAAGUCCAACCAGAGCUACUACCGCGAAUCGGAGUCGUCGAGGAACAGCGCCGAGCGGCUACGCUGGGACACGGUGCGGCUUAUCCAGGACAAGGAGCAGCUGACGAGGCGGAGCCAGGAGUCUACCAGCCGCAACAUCGGGAAGCGCAUCAACGACAUCACCUUCUGGCGCUCGGAGCUGAGCCACGAGAUCGACAGCAUGGUGGGGGAGAUCGCCGCACUGGCUGAGGUGAAGAGGAGGCUGGACCGGGCGCUGGCCGAGACCGAGGGACCCCUCCAGGUUGCGCAGGAGUGCCUGUACCACAGGGAGAAGAGGAUGUUGAUAGACCUGGUCCAUGAUAACGUGGAGAAAGAGAUCAUAAGGGAAGUGGAGCUCAUGAAGUCGUGUCAGCAGCGGAUGAGGCGACACGCGGACUUGGCGGCUGCCCAACUUGCGUCCAACCGGGCUGCCCAGCACGAGAUGGAGCGUGACCUGAGCGACAAGGCCAUCGCCCAGCGCAUCGACAGCCGCUGCCGGCAGCUCAGGAACACCUCGGACGGGAUCAGCUUCCACCGGGGCAUCGAGCGGCUGGACCCCUCGCUGUCCCUGCCCGACUCAUGGUCAAAAUUCACGGACGACAACAUCCUGCGGUCCCAGAGCGAGCGGGCGGCCUCCCACAAGCUCCGCGACGACAUCGAGUUCCUGCUUAGCUCUACUUCCAAUGAAAUGUGGAGCCAGUUCAACAGCGUCAACGUGGCCUUCACCAACCGCAUCUCUGAAAUCGCAGAGGCCAAGAACAGCCUGCAGACCCACCUGGCCAAGACCCUCCAGGAAAUCUUCCAGACGGAGAACCUCAUUGAGGUCCUGAAGAAGGCCAUCCGGGACAAGGAGAGCCCCCUCAAGCUGGCCCAGACGAGACUUGAGGAGAGAACACGCCGACCCAACGUCGAGUUGUGCCGGGACAGCCCCCAUCAUCGGCUGGUCACUGAGGUCAGAGAGAUCGAGGAAACCAUGGGCCAGCUAAGGGAGAGGCUGCAGGCAGCGGAGGGAGCCCUCCAGACGCUGGUGAAGACCAAGGUGUCCCUAGAACAUGAUAUCUCCAUCAAGGCUAACUCCCUGUUCCUAGACCAGGAAAAGUGUAUGGGCAUGAGGAAGACGUUCCCCAGCACUCCACGUCUCGUGGGCUAUACAUAG